AUGCCCAAAAAGCACCAGCGCUUUCAUUUCAAACCCUCUGCCCAGGCACACCACAGUCUCGCAUUGGGAUCAAAUCAAAAUGGCGCGCCUGGGGCAUCUGGAGGUUCGACAACCUCAGUAAAUGACCUCAUCUCCCACCUUCGUCGCACACAACCGCCAAGUUCCUCUGAAGAUGGCAUACCUCGACGCCCUCAGUCAACUUUGACUCCACGUUCUGUCCAUCCAUCGCUGCGGAAUCUGCUUGAAAUUCCUGAAACACAACCUCCACGACCUCGUCCCCUGUCUUACCGCACAGCCAUCGGCGCUCGUCCAGUUCGUCCGACUGUAGGGCCCCCUCCUCCUGAGAGCUGGCUCUCUGCCAGGACGGAUGAUGAACCAAAUAGCGAAUCUCUGGGUGAUAGAGGGACCGAUAUGGAGACGAUUAUUUAUCGUUUGAAACGACUCCCAGGUACCAAGUUUCCCGACAACGGAAGUCUGAUGCAUCUCGUGCUCAAGAAAAUGGCGCUUAACUGGGCCUGGCAUCUUGAAUACGACGGGGCAUUUUUAUCUGAACUCCCGAAUAACCUGAAGUGCUUGUUACUCAGCUAUAUAGCUGUGUUUGCUAGGGGCCAGCCACUGGACAGACAAAUGAAGGGCCUCAGCCCGCUUUUCUCGACCCAGCAGGAUCGCGCACAGAGCUCCGAUGAUGAGUCUGAAUUCGAGGAAAUUGAAUUUGACAGAGAUGUGGGAACUACCCGAUUAGACCUCGGGGGCGCGGUCGGAAAUUGGAUGUCUUUUAAACGGCUCACAAAUGAGUUGAUCAACUUACAUUCCUCGCCUAUGCAUGCCGUCAGAGAUGAGAGGGAGGAGUACAUCCCGAACUCUUGGGACGAAGUGGAGAAUUCUGGCCAUGACGAGGCAAUAGAUGAGCCCACACAUGCCACCUAUGCGCCCUCGAUUCCCAAGCAGCUGACCCGAAAGAACCGGUUCGAAAACCUCCGUUUUCUGUCGUUGGCGCACCCGAAGCGUGCCGCUGCAAGCUGGACAUCCUUGAUUAAACUACUGUCACGUUUGCCGACCAUCACCCAUCUCUCUUUGGCACAUUGGCCUACUCCAACUCGUACGCCAGGUGCGGUGAAUGCGCGUAUUCGCCAUCCAACAAUCCACUCCUUGACCUUCAGUUACAGUGGUACAGACAACUACGCUUCUCUAGACAAUGCUUGGGCGGAGGCUGCAAGCGUCCUCCGUCAUCUGUCUCGGUCUACUCGCUGUCUACAAUGGCUAGACCUCGAGGGGUGUGCAGACUGGCUUCCAGCUCUCAACUGGGUCGGUGAAGAUCCGAACGGUGUCCCAUAUCGUCCUGGUUCUGUAGGUCCAGACUGGAAUGGAUCAUGGCGGGACGUUGGAUGGAUCAGCCUGGGCCCUGGUUGGAUUCCCAACUUAGAUGACAAUAAAGACAUGUCACAUAGGUCUCAAGUUCUGAACCCAGACCCGGCAGAUCCCCCUUGGCGUGCAGAAGAGCAGGCCAACGCACGUCGGCUGAAGAAGCUCGGCGCUUACCGAGAACAGUUCCAAACUGCCUUGGCUGUGCGAAAAAAUCUCCGACUAAUCAGGAAAGAGGGCCGGGGGAAAUGGCUCCAAGUCUCACUUGGACUGGAUGACGUUGAUCCGCAGAUUGUUCGACAGCUGGUUGGGCAGGACUACGCACUUCACGAAUGA